CCUCUCUCCACUCGCUCUGCGCUGCGCCAGUAAGUCCGCCCCGCUGACUCGCAGAACCAGUUGGUUUGGCCCAGCGUCUUCUUUUCCUGCCUCCUCACUGUGUGUGUACUGCUGCCGCCGCCGCUGUUGUUGCCUGGUGUCAACCUACGCCAACGAGAGAAAAAGAAGACAUAUCCCUCCCUCUCUCACUCCUCCACUGUGAGACGGCCUUGACUUUUUUUCCUCCACCUCCUCCUCCUCCUCGCCGGCACCGCUGGCUUCCGUGCCGUGCCAGUCAACUCGCCUCCUUCCCCCGGCUCGAGUUCAGCAGCAACAAGCUCGGAAACAUCUGGCCGCCGCAGAGUGCUACACUCCCCCUGUUCCUGCACGGCGCCUGCUCGCCCUGGCAGCCUGCUAUGGAAAUUAGUCCAAAGUCAACCUAGUUUGGACUCCGAAGGGAAGGAAAAGAAGAAGAAGAAGAAGAAGAAGACGGGGGGGAAUUGACGGAGGAGGACCUUGUUGUCUGUUAUGAGGACGGCAGGAUGGAGUUCCCAGACCACAGCAGACAUCUACUCCAGUGUCUGAGCGAGCAGCGGCACCAGGGCUUCCUGUGCGACUCCAUGGUGCUGGUGGGCGAUGCCCAGUUCCGCGCCCACCGCGCCGUGCUGGCCUCCUGCAGCAUGUACUUCCACCUGUUCUACAAGGACCAGCUGGACAAGCGAGACGUGGUGCAUCUCAACAGCGACAUCGUGACGGCGCCGGCCUUCUCCCUGCUGCUGGAGUUCAUGUACGAGGGCAAGCUGCAGUUCCAGGACCUUCCCGUGGAGGACGUGCUGGCGGCGGCCAGCUACUUGCACAUGUACGACAUCGUGAAGGUGUGCAAGAAGCGCUUGAAGCAGAAGGCCACGGCGGAGGCGGACAGCACGCGCAGGGAGGACGACGGCGGCUCCAGCUGCUCCGACAAGGCCGACAGUUUGUCCGACGGGUCGACAGGGCAGCCCGCUACGGCCGACGUGCUGCACAGCGAUGAAGAGGAGGAGGGGAAAGCCGAGGGAAGCCAGCUGUGGCUGCGGUUGCCGUCAGCAGACAGACCGGGGACGCCGGGCGGGGCAGCGGCCAGUCCGGGGCACGGAGAGGCGGCGAGCCAGCCAGGUGAAGGCCUGGGAGAAGGGGGCAAGGUGCUGUCGCCUGCCGGCAGCCCCAGCAGCUCCACUGGGUCGCUCUCCCAGAGAUCCCACCGCUCCAUCAGCUCCCGCGCCAGCCACAGGUGCAGGAGGGUGUCGAACGACGCGGCCGACUGCGUCCUGGACCUGUCGGUGAAGCCCAUUGCCGUUAGCAACCACCAUCCGUCUUACUUCAGCGGUGCGGCUACACCGGACAGCCUGCAGAGCCCGCUGGCGGUGAGGGUGAAGGUGGAGAGGGGGAUGGCCUCUGACGAAGACGAGGAACUGGGAGGGGGCGACUACAACAUGGAGCACAGCGGCCUCGGUAAGACGCAGGUUCCCAGCGCCAACGGAUGCCUGAGUCACCACGGUGUGGGCGGGCCCCUGUCGGCCCAGAGGCGCCUGGGUCUGGAGGCCCACCUGUCGGCGCUGCGCGAGGCGUCUCUGGCGUCGGAGCUGGAGCGGGACGAGAAGCCCCCGGCCUCGGCCGCUGCCAACGAGGACAUCCUGGGGGGGGAGAACGAGCACGCCCAGGCCGAAGCGGCCAGCAUGGACAACUCGCUGCUGCCUUACGUCUCCAACAUGCUGUCGGCCCAGCACACCCAGAUCUUCAUGUGCCCGCUGUGCAACAAGGUGUUCCCAUCGCCGCAUAUCCUGCAGCUCCACCUCAGCUCCCACUUCAGGGAGCAGGAGGGCAUCCGCUCCAAGCCCGCCGGGGACGUCAACGUGCCCACCUGCACCAUCUGCAGCAAGACCUUCUCCUGCAUGUACACGCUGAAGCGCCACGAGCGGACACACUCGGGUGAGAAGCCCUACACCUGCACCACCUGCGGCAAGAGCUUCCAGUACUCUCACAACCUCAGCCGCCACGCGGUGGUGCACACGCGCGAGAAGCCGCACGCUUGCAAGUGGUGCGAGCGGCGCUUCACGCAGUCCGGGGACCUCUACCGUCACAUCCGCAAGUUCCACUGCGAACUGGUGAACUCGCUGUCGGUCAAGAGCGAGCCGCUGGCGCUGCCCAACGUCAGGGAUUGGGCGAUCGAGGACAGCUCCCAGGAGUUAUGGAAGUAGAGUCGGAUUGUCGGGGUUGAGAGAGGCCUGGGGAGGUGAGAGGAAGGUGGCAGAGUUACGCUGUCGGGGGUUUAAGUGAGUCAUGUUCUUAUUCGUUGCGACAUCUCAUUCAACCGCACUUUAAUAGCACAUGAAAAUGUUACUACUGACUUAUUUUUACUGUCUGUUUGGGGGUUUAUGUUUUUUUUUUUUUUUUGUUUGAAGUCCCGUAACGAUUUGGCGUUAGUUCUCUUCUGCUGUUUUUUUUUUUUUGUGUGUGUGCGCGUGUGUGUGCGUCUGAGGACACGGCUCCCUCCCUAAGUGUCUUUUUUUUAUUCUUUAAUAUUAUUAUUAUUAUUAUUAUUUUGUUGUUUUUUUGGAAGAAAUUUCUGCGUGUGUCUAUGUUUCACCCCAGAUACGACACUCCCAUCGCCGGCCUCACCGGUUCCACAGGCAACAGGAGUUCAUGUCGAACACACUGAAACCACACACUAAAAAAAACAAAAAAACACGGGUACUGUGAGGCCGCCGCGCACGCCGCCGUCUGCAUAAGUAUGCGUGCGCGCGUUUGAUUCUGCACUACUCGGGCAAAAGCAAGCAAACGACGACAACAAUAAAGAAAAAACAAACAAACAAAAGAGAAAUCGUGUGUGUGAGCGUGCGUGAGUGCGUUUUUGUGUGUGUUAAAUUAGAUUUUCCUCCUGGCAUGAAGGUGUCGUUGGCGAGCGCUUCCCACUUCUCUCGUUAAGCUCUUUGGUGUUGUGUUGGUGUGUUCAGGGGAAAGCUGACUGACUGACUGACUGAUGGCACUCAUGCAAUGCACAGCCUCCUUUUUUCACUUCCAAUCAAUCUGAAGUAUUUUCUAAAAAUGAGAAGACCUUUACAAAUAUUAUUAUUAUAGAUAGAUUUGUUUUUCUUGAAUCUAGCUGGCAGUCUUUAAAACAUCUCUUGUUGUAAAUGUAUUUAAUUUAAGGUUGUUGUAUAUUGUUCUGCUAUAGUUUAAAGAUUUUAAUCCCUUUUUUUAACUUAAUGAUUAUUAUUAUUAUUAUUAAUAUUAUUUUUUUGUUACUUUUUUUUUUGUAAUGGGACCUGCUGUUGUUGCAUGAUGUCCAAACCUGUAUAUUUUAAAAAUGAAAAUGUGAAUCUGCUGUAUAACUGUACACAUUGUAAUUGAACAAAUAUUUGACAACAGGCUCUUUUUUUUUUUUUGUUGUUGUUGUUUUCUUUCCCUCUUUUUCUUUGUGAAUACUACUCCAGGGUGCGGUCUGUUUUUAAAAAUGAAAAACUGAAUAUCACUCUCUCGAUUUUGAGGGGGGAGGAAAAAAAAUGCAUGGAAAUUUGAUUUGGUCUUAAACUUUUAGGUUGUUUUUUGCAUCGGAACGGGGGGAGGGCGGAAAGAUGUUCAAACGGUAAAUUUGUUGAUGAAAACUUAGCGGAGAGGCGACCUGAUGAAGCAUUUUAAGCCUGUCUUUUAAGCACUGAUUUGUCUGCUGUGUGUGUGCGUGUGUGUGACCUGGUCUGUACCAGUCGAUCGAACCUACUGAAGCUCUACAUCCACCUAGCACUUCUUCGUCCCCCUGCUCCUCCUCAGGCAUCAAAUGUCCCCACUGCUUUGCGUUUCCCUCCUCUUUUGUCUUCUUCUGCUUCCUGGUUAAGCCGUUUCUUAUUUAUCUCUACAGAUCUGACCUCUUUUUUUUGGCGGGCGGUCUGAUAACGCGGUUUGGCUGAGAUGUGAAGGAUACCUAGAGAGGUAGAAGAGGGUAAGCCCAAGCCCUCUUGCUUUAAAGUGUAAGGGUCAGAUAUCUGUGUCACACUGUUCCUCAUCUGUUUGCAGCGGAUGCCAUAAUUUAUCUGAGACUGUCCUUUAGAGGAGAUGGCAGAGAAUUGGCCUAAAUCAGGGGUCAGCAACGUUUAUAACCCAAAGGCUCAUUUUCGUUCUCGCUGAAAAGAAAUGGAUUUCUUCAAGUGCUACAAAGCCUACCUGACCCUUUCUAAUUAUGAUAAAUGUUACUGAAAAUUUUAGUAAUUUAUGGUUAAAGAACCAAAUUUUCACUUCAGAAGAAAGAAAAACACAAAUCUUUUACCAGAAGAUUAUGAAGCUAGAAAGAAAAAAAACAAACAGGUCAGUCUCACUCCAUUUAAAAAAAAAAAAAUCUUGUAUUAUUACUGUAAUUCUAUUGUGGAAAUCUAUAGUUGAUAAUCCAUGAAAGCUGGCCUCCUUUAUGUAAAAAUCACUGCUCAAUAUAAAAGCAUUUGGACCAAUGUUAUUAGGAGCCGCAGGUUGCAGACCCCUGGCCUACAUCAAUACAAGCAGCUUUUAAGCUAAAAUGCGUGAAAACCUAAUUUUGCUGAAAAGAUGCCUUUAUUCAAAACUGACGUUUCUAAAGACGUGGAAGUAUCUGAUACUGGAAAACAUUUAGAAACGAUUGCUGGAAAUCAUGUAAAUGUAUUGAAUUCAGACAAAUAUUGUCUAACUAUAUUUUGAUGAAAUAAUCGGACUUGUUCUGGGGGGGGGGGAGUUUGGUGACUGUUGUGUUUGGGUUGGGGCUACAUCAGUUUAACAAUUGCUCUUUAAAAGAUGGUCAAGCGUUUGUACAAUCCAAAAAGCAUUUGGCAGCGAUGCAGGCGCACCGACGUUUCCUCCUCCUCCUCCUCUCAGAUGCGUGCGUGCGUGUUUUCGUGCGUGUGUCGGAGCGUGCACGCCACCGUCAUCUGGUGGCACCUGCAAGGCUUUGCCAACGCAACAGUGUGGGUGACAUUGCAGCAGUUUGCACCACAUCUUCUCAUUUUUUUUUCCCUUUUUUUUUUUUUUUGGGUCUUGAAAUGUUAUCUCUUCACUGGCGGCGCCUCUGCAUAUGGGCUCCUUCCAUCCUGCUGUUGUUUUCAUCACUACUGCUGCUUUUUUUUUUUAUGUUUUUGUUCCUCUGGUUGUGCUUGACCGCCUUAAACUGCUGUAGUCCAAGCUAUUUUUUUUUUAUUUUUAUUUAAAUAUAUUUCUGUUGAAGUGUGAGGUGGAGACGAGGGACCGGCGACCGCCCUGACAUGACGUCUCCAUCUUUUGCUGUGCUUACUUGAAGGGGAGGGUGGGGGAGGGUUUCUUUUUUUUUUUUGGUAAAAGGUUAAAAACAAAAAAGUAUGAAACAAAAAGGAAGUUCAUAGGAAGUCAUAAAAUGUUGGGGGUGUGCGGGGGGCAUAUAAUGACUGAAUCUGUUUUGAAAAAGGACAAUCACUGUCUGGAGAAAAACAAACGAAAAAAAAAAAAAACAAGCAGAUUUUUUGAGAUAUAUUUGCUCCCUGUUGAGAUUAUGAAAUUUCUUUGCUUUUCUUUCGAGGUUCUGUUUCCAAUUUUAGUCAUUUUUAGCUUUGACAAUCAUAGCUGGGUUUGUUUUUUGUUUUUCUUUCUCAAGGGGAGUAAAUUCUAAUUGUAUUUAGUUUUGUAAUUUUUUGGUGUGCUGUUGUUGACAUUUUUAAAAAAUUGUGUGCAAAACUGCAAUAAAUUAUAAGAAUCCCGAACCCUC